UCAGCAAGGGAGAGAGUGAGAACAGCAUUUUGAAACCCAGCUGAUCAGAGCUGUGAUGUGCUGCCAUAGACGGAGAGGGAACGUGACUGGGAAAAAAGAAAAGAGAAGAUAAUAGAAAGCAGCUGAAGUCUUAGUGAUUUUAAGACGGAGAAUAUACAAAUAGAAGAGUGGAAGAGAAAUGUCUCCUCCCUUUCAUGGGAACCUGGGAACUCAUGUGAAGAGAGAGGCUCUGUGGAAAGAUGUGAGAGCAUUUGGCAGGGUGGAAAUCUGAGGAAGAAACACACAGAAAAGGAUCAGUCAGGCUCUGGAAACCAGUCCAGUGAGGCUUUGAGUUGAAUAAGGUUGGAAUAAAACCCGUGGAAAGAGAAGUGAUGUCUUGGUUGUCACCCGUGUCAUGGGCCAAAUGGACGUGGACGGCGGUGCGAGGGGGAGAGGAGGGAGAGGAGGAUGAAGAGGAGCAGGAGGCCAGCGAGGAGAGAGAGCAACGUGGAGAACGAGGAGAGGAAGAGGAGGAGGAGAGAUCUCAAAGCUGCAGCUCUGACUCAGAGGGUCAUUUUGGCACUCCUGAAGCAGCAACUCCUGUCCACUCACCCCCAACCUUCCCAAGAGAGCUGGAGAACAACAACACUGAUGCAGACAAAACAGAUGUGGAUCAGGAUGAGCACAUGAUAGUGACUGCUCCGGUUUGGGAUCAAGAUAUUUUGCUCAGCCACAACAUGGGUCAGGAUGAGCCUGCGGUCCCCAUGGGUGGCCCACUGGAAGUAAACAUCCAGACCCUGGAAGCAGAACAGACAGAGAAUCUUCCAGAAGCUUUGGGCUCUGUGCCUGUCCCUGCUCCAUCCUCCGUGAAGGAAGCACCUGAAGUGGCUAAAUGCACAGUGCCAUCCUCUGAGCAAUCCCAAUUCCCAGUCCCCGUCCUAGUGGCAGAUCGUGUCCCCGAUGUGGCUCCAGCUCCUGUUCCUGUUCCUGCUCCAACCCCAGAACCAGACUCAGUUCAGAGCAGUGAACCUGCAGCCAGACCAGCUCCAGAGCCCCCUGAGCAGAAACCUCUUGUUGAACCAGAACCACAGUGCAAUGGCCUCGACCAGACAGAGCCUACUAAAAAGACUAAAACCAGCAGGUCUAAGCCUCCAUCCCUGAAGGUGAAGGCCACGCCGAACGAGCUUGCACAAACAAACGAGGAAGAAGAACUUCCUCUUCCCAAGGCCACUUACAAAUUUGACCCUGACCAGCUGGAUGACAGCUUUAACCCCUUCACCUGCGGCGGAUCCAAAAUCCAAAACUCUCCCCCACCGUUCGGUACAAGCUCUCUCCCCAGACUCGAGCCACUCGGUAGCUCCUUGCCUGUGUGUGAGGCCAGCUCAGCAGCUCCAGCCGAAGCGGAGAUGAUGGAGUCAUCGUCAGAGUCGAAGUCUGUGAUGCUGGAGUUCGGUCUGGACGAGGGGACAGUCAGCAAGCCACCUCCGAGGAAAUUAGGUGGUAAAAAGACAAUCAGCAAACUUGCAGCUAAGAAGCAGAAGGCCAAAGGAUCAGGGGCUUCCUGCCAACCAGCACAGGAACCCACUGUGUCAGAAUCAGAUUCUCAACCAGCAUCAGAACCAGUUUCUCUACCAGCGUCAGAACCGGUUUCUCUACCAGUGUCAGAACCAGUUUCUCAACCAGUGUCAGAACCUGUUUCGGAUGCUUUUCCAGAAACUGCUUUGCCAGUUUCAGACUCUACUGCAGCUCUGAACCUUGACGAUAUUCCUAUUCCUAAAUCGGGAACAUAUAACUUUGAUCCCAGUCAGUGGGACGACCCGAACUUCAAUCCGUUUGGUAGCAAUAGCACGGUGAGCAGCUCUCCAGUGCUCCCUAAGAGCUCCUACAGUUUCAAUCCAGACAGUUUUGAUGAAUCUGUGGACCCUUUUAAACCCUCCAAAGCUAUGAGCGCAGAGGACACGUCCAGUAGCGCCCCUCAGCCAGAGACAAAAGUGAAAGAUGGAGGCAAACAGAAAUCAGGGCACCCAGCGGGAGAGAAGAAAGUGAGACAGAUUCCCAAGAAAAGCAAAGAGAGGACAAUCAUCCCCAGGACAUCUGAACAAGUCAAGUUUCUCUGUUUUCUGUUGAAUUCCUGUAAAGUUCAGAAAUAUGAUGAGAGCCAGUCCUUGGUGCUUGACGUGUGCAAUCAGGAUGAGGAUGAGGUGGUGGCUCAGACCCCAGAGAUCACUAAGCGAGUUCAUCACGCCACUGAUGAGGAGAAGCUUGCCUCCACUGGCAUUGUGGGCCAGACACCAGACAGCCAGGAGGAGAAAGGAGAACCCGAAUACUAUAAAGCACCUGUGAAAAAACAGCCAAUCAAUGAUAUAUCUGUUAUGGAUGGUCCUGAGACUAAGAUUACAGAUCACCUGGAGGAGGAUGACACCUGCAGUCUGAAAGAUGAUAUAAGUGAGAUAUCCAUGAACCUAACAACAAAGGUGACCAGCAGUGAGGGCCCAGCCACAGCAGCCCUGUCCCAGGACAACAUACCUCUGAGUGAGAUGGACAAGGCCGCAGUGCUCACCCUGAUCAGGGAAGAGAUCAUCACUAAAGAGAUGGAGGUCAAUGAGUGGAAGAGGAAGUAUGAGGAGAGCAGGGCUGAGGUUUUGGAGAUGAGGAAAAUCGUUGCAGAGUAUGAGAAAACAGUUGCACAGAUGAUUGAGGACGAGCAGCAGCAGAAGACCCUGUCCUGCAGUAAGUCCGUCAGACAGCUGACCGUAGAGAGGGAUCAGGCCUUGGCUGACCUCAACUCUGUGGAGCGCUCCUUCGCUGACCUCUUCAGGAGGUAUGAGAACAUGAAGGGAGUCCUGGAGGGCUUCAAGAAGAAUGAGGAGGUGCUGAAGAAGUGUGCACAUGACUACCUGAUGCGUAUCAAGCAGGAGGAGCAGCGAUACCAAACUCUCAAGGUGCAUGCUGAGGAGAAACUUGAUAAGGCUAAUGAGGACAUCGCCCAGGUACGUGCCAAAGCCAACUCUGAGAGUGUUGCACUAAACGCGAGCCUGAGGAAGGAGCAGAUGAAGGUGGAGUCACUUGAAAGAGCUGUCCUUCAAAAGAAUCAAGAGAUCGAGGAGCUCACUAAGAUCUGCGAUGAACUGAUCGCCAAAAUGGGGACAGAAUAAGAUGCCUUUAAUCAAUAUUUCACUGCAACAUUUAUGUAAAUACUGUACAUGAUCACACUUCAAGCACCUGUCAACCGUAUCUUUCUCUCUGCUCAUAUGAUUUUGAAAAAUACAUUUGAAAUGCAAAAUGGUUGCUCUUUUCAGAUUGAAAUAUGAAACCAGCGCAAUAAUUGUUCAUAGUGGAAGUGGAAGAAGCACAAAGCUAUCACAAGGUGUAUUUUAAUUACUUUGAAGGAGAUUUAUUGAUCUUUGGUUAAGGAUCUACAGCAAAGGCUCAUUUUAUAGUUCAAAGAUUCAUCAGGUUUUAACUGUUGACCCUCUUCAUUGUAAUGUAUGUGCUUUUGUUCUAUUACAGAGAAUUUCCAUAACCGUUUUAUACAGCAUGUUUAACACCAAACUAACAAUAGUGGAACUAAGGGAAAGACAGUGUGGGCACACAGCACAGACAUCUUUUAGCACAGUGCGUCUACACUGUAAUUACCUGUGUUGAUAAUACAGUUGUCAGAAAGGACAAAUCUCUCUAUUGAGUGCCUAAACUGAUCAUAGUGUAUUAGUUCCCUGGCAUAUAGAUAAUAGAUACAGAUAAUAGUAAUAUUACUUAUAGUAUUUCUUAAGUUGCCUUUGAGUUUGUUUGUCUGUGUUUGACAUGGAUAUAUGGAAUGGUAUAUAUUGUAUAUAUAUAUGGAAAUAUAUACAAUGUGUGAUGAAGUCCUCAGUUAUACAGAGUUUGAGUUUUGACAUCGUGUUUAUUAUGCCUACCAUAAAUCUUUGGGAUUGUUAACUAUGAAGAGCACUUAAGAGAAUCUUGAAUUCUGUUCUAUGAUAUCGUGGUUCAUUUGGAGAUAGUUUGAUGGGUGGAAAUUAAAGUUUAGUUUGAAACUUAAGUAGUGAAAACUUUGCUCUCAUUAUACUGUAAAAUUAUUAACAUAUGUGCCAUGUUUAAUUUUCUCGCUCUGCGUUUGAAUGCAGGAAAGUAAGAAACACAUCCUGACGUUGCCAUCUAGAUAUUUUUGGACUGUAUUCAUAUUUUAUGUAAGCCCAAAUGUUGCUGGUGUGCCUUUAUUUUGUUAAAAAAAGAAAGAAAUUUUUUUUUUUCUUAGAUCCUUCAUGCCGUUGUUUCCAAAUUUGGUUGCCAAAAUGUACUAUAUACAUCAUAUAUCUUCUAUGAUCAAAACACCCUGAAUAACAGUGCGUUAUAAUGGGUUUGCAGUUAAGGUGAAGGUCUGUGUUUUUGUGAGCAGAGCGUUCAUCAUGUAAUAAUAUCUUUAUUGCUAACAUCAGAAUAUUCUGGUCCAAUUGAACCUGAAGAAGCUCACGAGUGCAUUUCUGGUCAGAUGUGUUUGAGAUAUAAAGGACAGAUUCUUCUGUGGAUGCCUUGUUUCACGUCAGCACAAUCAAUUGCCAAAUGUCCUUGUAAAAUGACAUGAGUUUCAGUGUGACCCUGUGUCCUGCUGUAGUGGUGUUACAUUAGUCUGAAGGUGCUUUUUGAUGCAAACCCAUUGUUACAGUCCAAUAUAUGUAAAUUUUAUACUUUAUGAAAAGAAUAUUGUUCCAAAUAUUUGUAAAAUUGAAGAGUAAAGUAUACCCAGAUUGUAUGUUAACUGCUAUAUUUUGUGCAUUCCUGAAUAAAUGGUUAAGAUUUAAUAUA